AUGAGUUCUACUGUCGGUUCAGGUGUACUGACUCUUUUGCACACCGCAUGCGGAGCUGGCAUACUGGCCAUGCCUUAUGCGUUUAAACCCUUUGGUCUCAUAUUUGGGAUCCUGAUGAUAAUGUUUUGUGGUCUCUGUUCAAUGAUGACAUUGCUGAUACAAGCUAGAGUAGCCGGGUAUGCUCCAGAUUCCAAGAAUGCAUCUUUCUUCUCGUUGACGCAGGUUAUCAACAAGAACUUAAGUGUUAUCUUUGAUCUCGCCAUUGCUAUCAAAUGCCUGGGUGUUGGGAUAUCAUAUCUGAUUGUUGUGGGAGAUUUACUGCCCCAGAUUGCUGGUUCAAUCACCACAAAGCCACUUUUGUUGAAUAGGGAUUUCCACAUUACACUUGUAAUGAUAUUCGUAGUGACCCCACUAUGUCUGAAGAAGCGUUUGAACUCCCUUAGACACACCUCCUCACUGGCUAUUAUGUCCGUAGCUUACCUAUGUGUGCUGGUGAUAAUACAUUUAGUUUCCUCUGAUGGCGAUAUCGAGCAGAUGAAGGGCCAUGUAUCAAUUGGGCUACCACACCACGGUCCUAGCCCCUUAACAACAUUACCUAUCUUUGUCUUUGCAUACACUUGCCACCACAAUAUGUUCUCAGUGAUUAAUGAACAGAAAGAUAACCGUUUCAAGACUACAAAGUAUAUUCCUUUAAUCUCAACGUCCUUGGCAUGCAUAUUGUAUAUCUUAAUUGGCGGUUGUGGAUAUAUGACCUUCGGAGAUAAGAUCGUAGGCAAUAUAAUCACAUUGUAUCCCCACUCGGUCUCUAGCAUUAUUGGAAGAAUUGCCAUUGCAUUACUAGUCACGCUAGCAUUCCCGUUGCAGUGCCAUCCGGCAAGAAGCUCAAUUCAUAAUAUCCUUGCGUUUUUCUACCCUAGCUUAAAUCCUGACCUCAAGAAUACACAAGAACCUACAGCGAAUGCAGACACUAUGAGCUCUUCACAACUGCUGGCUACUGAGAGAACCCCAUUGGUGCGUUCCAUUAGCUCCAUAGAGGACAACGAACUAGCUGAAGAACAAGGAUCAAUUAAGGAUGUACCCAUAGAGAUGGAGAGGAAGCUAUUUCUAGCGAUUACUGCUGCGAUCUUGAUUCCCUCAUAUCUCGUGGCAAUGUCCGUGCACUCACUUGAUAAAGUAUUGGCAAUUGUGGGAGCCACAGGAUCCACCUCGAUCUCUUUCAUUCUACCAGGGAUAUUUGGCUACAGAUUAAUAGGAUCAGAUGGAGCUACUCUAACCAGAGGUGAUAGAUUGCUGAAGAAGCUUGGAUUAGCAGCAACAAUAUGGGGAUUCUUUGUGAUGACAGCAUCGCUUUUUGCUACUUUCAAGUACAAUGCCCACCACUAA